AUGAUCAGAUCCAUCGAUGCCACUUCCUCCACCAGCACGAUCAAGGAGGAGACGAUGGAGAAGCAAGGCAACGCGUAUGCUCAAUUGUACCUGCGCUUGCUAGCAAAGCUGGGAAGGACGGAUACGAUUCAGCAAGUCCUCGUCCUCGUCACCGAUAUGCUAAAGGAUCACGACGAGAGGAUCGAGCUGUUCAAGCAUGUACCUGCACCCCAAGAGCCCGGUGGUGAAGCCGCCGAAGCGAGCCAUGCGUGGCCAUGGGCGCCCCUCAUCAAGUGAGUGUGCGUGUGUGCGUGUGUGCGUGUGUGCGUGUGUGCGCGUGCGUUUGCUCACUUACUGCUGCGUCCCACGCACCGCCCCCCCCGCGCUUUGGACAGACUGCUGGAUGUGACAGACGACUUUGUGCAGCUCAAGGCGGCUCACAUUCUCACGCUGCUGCUGCUCUCGCCUUCCAAGUCGAGCGCUACCAAACCUCCUCAACACGCCAUCGAGCGUUUGCUGGAUUUCUUGUCCCUUCUGAUCAAUACCGGUGGUGCGUCUGGCGCCGCAGCGUUGCACCCUUCCAGAGCAGGAAACGGCGUGCUCGCUCCGCCCAGCGCCACCACGGGAUAUGCAGAAGGUAAUGGAGCGGAUGUGGCUAUCCAGCUGCUGCAGGCGCUGCUCAGGGAUGGUGCGCUGAGGCAGCAGGUAUGGUCACGGGACGUCGAGCGGCUGGGAGAGGUACCGAGCGCGAGCGCGAGCGCGAGCGCAAGCGACGACGACGGCGGCGGCGCGCCCCAUCAAACUCCAGGCAUCAUUAGCGGUCUGACGAGCAUCCUUCGAGCAACUUUGGUCGGUUCGGGCGAAAAGUCUGGCAGUGCGACGCCGGGAUCCACCUCUUCAUCGAGCAUCUCUGCUCAAACAACCUACCAAGUCAUUUUCAGCUUGUGGUUGCUGACCUUUGCAAAGGACAUUGCCAGCGCUCUCAAUGUCAAAUUUACAGGAACCAUUUCGCUGCUGGUGGAUGUUGCGCGCGGUGCGAACAAGGAAAAAGUGGUGCGCAUCACGUUGGCUACGCUCAGGAACCUUUUGAGCAAGGCAGAGGGAGAAAAUGCCAAGGCGAUGCUCGGUGCAAAGGGUCUCGAUCUCGUUGCGGCGCUCAAGGGUAGGCAGUGGGGAGAUGAAGAGAUCAAGGAGGACUUGGAUGCGAUUGGAGAGGUGCUUGCAGAGAAGCAAAAGGGCAUGAGGUGA